GGUUCCCGAACGCCUCAAAGAGUUCAUGCACGAUCAACAUAAUCAGAGAAGACUAACAAUGAAUGCAUUUAUGAUGGAAACUGAAGAGCAAGGAGCAACGUCUAUGUCAUCAAUGCCAACAUACCAAGAUCCCGAUGAUUCAACAAACCCACCGCCACCGGUUCAAGAAGAUAUGGAUAGAAGCACAAGUUCACAAUACACAGAGAGAUACGAUUGUUUUAACUUUGCCUUGGUAUGUGACAGAUUUGGUGUGCCUGACAGAUUAGCAUCAGCAUUGGGAACCGCUCUUUUGCAAGAUUUUAAAAUUAAAGAUAAGCAUGGGAAACCUCUCAUCAUGGAUAAAUCGAAAGUUCGCAGAGAAAAAGAGAAAUGCAGACAAGAAGUGCUUCGUAAACGGUUAGAUGAUACCAAUUUGUUAGCGUUUUCAUUCGGUGGCUCACCAAGGCCGCUAGAUUAUUGCGAUUAUAUGUGACAACGGAAAAUCCAGAUGCAAAUUUAAGAAUUAUGGUUGAAUUUAUAAUUAAAUGUUAUGUGCCAAUGUACUUCAAUAUCAAGUAUUACAGCUCUGUCGUGUACGGCUGUGCAUUAUUUUCAAGUUCAUUGGUUGGUCACGAUUUCUAGAACCUCGUUUACGCAAAAUUGUCAAUCAAUUAAUUAAAGAUAAUUCAUAUUAUGCGCAUUCGGAAAAUAUCUUGUUAUCAAUGUUGUUUGAUGCUAGGAAAGAAAAGCGCGACUGUGGCAUCAAGAAAAUUCUACGCUAUCGAACCGAUGUUGACGAGCCAAUGGAACUUAGAAUUUAUAAAAAACCAGAUAUAAACUUUAAUUGCACAAGUUAUACGGAAAUGAUCAAUUUGAAUGAUAUAAAUAUCGUAUUUGAACCACCAUUCACGCGAAGCAUUCCGUAGGAUACAUUGAACGAAUAUUUAAAUCAA